AUGGCAGAAGACGCCAGCUCCUCCAAUGGCCCCCGCCCAGCAGCUUCGCCCUCUCCACCACCUCCAGCUCCUGUGCCUCUGACUCCCGGUCCACGCGCCGCAUAUCUUCAGAAGAUCUUUGACCAGGCGUUAGCGCGUACUCUGCGAGCAAAUUCUUAUGCAAACUUCUCGGGAUGCUUCCCAACGCCCGCGAAGCAUAUUCCGGCCAGUCUAGAGUGGGUCUGGAGAAAGCUGAAUGCGAAGCUGGAGGAGAGCGCCAAGGCGGAGUUUAAGGACAUUCUUCGCGAACGCGAUGUGGUGAGACAGCUAAAUGGGCUAGACAGACUUGUUGGGGAGGCAAAAGUUAGAAGAGAAAACGGGCAGGGUGAGGGUGAUGUUGUGUCACAUACAUUGCCGCCAGAUGAAUUGUAUCGCGCGCAUUUGACUCCAUAUUUACAAGAGGCACGCGUUAGUCUUUAUUCCAAGCUAGAGUCUACUGAGGUGGCGAACGUGAAGCUUGCAGAGCGGGUUCAGGCUCAGCGGAAAGAAAUUGAGGAGUUGCUUUUCAGUCUCGAGAAUGUUGUCGGGGACUUAAAGGGUGCAGCAGCGGCCGCGAGACAGUUCAGUGCAGACAAUGAGCUCCGCAAGGAAGCUAUCCAGAUGAAUGAGGACUUCAAGAUGACAGUGGACAAAUGAACAUCGCGCGCUCUACGGUUUGACGGGCGUGGGACAUGAAAAGAAGCAUUGUUGCCUACCUAGGUCAGUUCUCUACAGAAUAAGCACAGCCUUCUGUGGGAUGAUGGACAGGUGCAGAUGAUGGCUGCCCAUGGGGUAAGCGCUGCGGAUGUGGGAAACCACAGAUAGCCCUGAUUGGACUGCUCCUAACCUGCUUUGUGUACAGGACCGUCCGCUUGAGGGUCGGACAAAUCUUGAGUCUUUCAGGGGGAACAUCCCACAGGAAGUUAUGAAUAUGCUGACUUGGGCGUCUUGGGUACCGGCCAUUGCAUAUUGGGAGAUUCAUGGUUCAUGCACACGAACUAUAUGGUCUAAAGAAUGAGGAGUUGAUGAGAUGUGUUAGGCCCCGGCUUUUCUCUUUAUUGAUCUGAUGACAGAUUGAAUGCCAGACGAUCUUCUCCUUGAGAGA